AUGGCCUCAAUCCUCCUUUCUCCCCCAACGCUGGUCCUCAUCGCAUUACUAUUACUCUCCAUCGCUGACACCGGAAACGACGUCAUCUCUGUCCACGGCAAGCACUGUCACCAGGCCAACCCGCCCUACGGAGAGACUUACUUCCACCACCCUACUGGCCGCUACUGUGAUGGCCGUAUCAUAGUCGAUUUUAUCGCCGAGGCCCUUGGGAUGCCUUUUUUGCCCCCGUUUCUUGGAGGGUCGGGCAACAGCACCGGUCCCGGUUUUGAGUUAGGAGUGAAUUUUGCCGUUGGUGGGGCGACGGCGCUUGAUGUCGAGUUCUUUAGAGAGGAAGGGAUGAGAGUUACGUGGACGAAUUACUCGCUGGGUGUUCAGAUGGAAUGGUUCAAGCAAUUGCUUCCAUCUCUCUGCUCUUCUCCUCCUUCAGAUUGUAGUAACAUCUUGAACAAAUCACUUUUCCUUGUGGGAGAGAUUGGAGGAAAUGAUUGCAAUUACAUGUUUUCUCAAGGAAUGAGUCCCAACAAGAUACGGACAUUUGUUCCAAAAAUCAUUCAUUCAAUCGGUGCAACAAUCAAUGAAUUGAUUGAACUAGGAGCCAUGUCACUUAUAGUCCCAGGAAACUUCCCAAUUGGAUGUAGCCCUUGGUAUCUCACAAUGUUUGAGAGCUCAUCCUCAAGUGAAGAUUAUGACCCUCGAACCGGAUGCAUCAAUUGGUUAAAUGAGUUUGCUGAGUACCAUAACAGCAAGCUUCAAGAGGAGCUUGACCGGAUUCGACGACUUCACCCACACGCAACCAUCAUUUAUGCAGAUUACUACAAUGGAAUUAUGAGCAUCUUCCGCUCACCAAACCCUUUCGGUUUUGGAGCUGCCCCUUUGGCUGCGUGUUGUGGAAGCGGAGGUCGUUAUAACUUUAAUGCGUUUGCGUUGUGCGGGACGAGUGAGGGAGGCAAGGUGUGUCGUGAUCCCUCGAGAUUUGUUAGCUGGGAUGGGAUUCAUUUUACUGAAGCAGCUUAUAGGGCUAUUGCUUCUGGAAUGCUGAAUGGUUCUUUAACUGUUCCUGCAAUGAACGAGAUAUGUCCAAGUUUAGGACUCAGAACCACUCGGAGUUAUCAAACAUUGUAGAGGAGUGUCGUAACGUAAAGCCAAUAUUGUAGAUAGAUCUUAGGCAUUUUGCCCGAGUAUCUUAUAGAAGAAAAUGUCGUUGACGAUGAGGAUGUGAAGUAUUUACGUCGGGACACCGACCUUGUGGACUUAAGCAGGGAUGCUGAGUAUCGGUACUCAGAGUGGUGUCAAUAGAAGUGGAUAUGACAUGAAAUAUAUGUUCACAGCCUCUUUUCUCAAUCGCAGGUUCAGAUGUAGCUGUAUACUAAGUGCUAUUAUUUAUGAAAGGUUCUGUAGAAGAUUAUAUCGACAGAGCUAUUAAUAAAGAAAUCAACUUUUAUGUUUUUCCUUA